CGGGAGGGACGGAGUGGAAGUGUUUCCUGAGGAGUGGGGGAAAGAGGCGCCAGCAGGCCUCUCGGAAAACCCUCCUUGAGAGGCGACAGAGGCGGCCAACGCGCAAGGGCUCGGGGACCCGGCUUUAAACAGCUUUUGCAUCGCAAACACAGUUUUUAUUUAGGUCGCCCGUUUAUGAUGGUUGGCUCAGGGAGGGCAGAUGGCGAUUGUAGGGGAACUUCGCCCGGCAGGUCACCCCCUGGCUGCCACUACACCUCUCGGAACGCAAGGUUCCCUGGCCCCGGUGGCUAGACUCGGGCGGGACUGGAUCCCGGGAGCCGGCGGAGGCUAGGACGGGGGCGGGCCAAGCUGAGUUAGGGGCGGAGCCUGACGGUAGGGGCGGGGGCUCCCAGGCGCCCAGGCGGGGCCUCCGCUAAAGGCGCGGAGCACCCGGCGCCGAGAGCGCGGCGUAGAGCAGCGCCCGUUGGAGUGAAGUCGGAGACGAAGAUCGCGCCGUCCCAGCCCUCCCGCCAGCGUCCACGCCGCUCCCGCACCCUUACCCCUGCCGGCCCUUGCCGGCGCGACCGGCGGCCAUGCAGCCCCAGGGCUGAGGCGGCCCCAUGGCGAAGCCAGCGUCCCCGAGGUCCGGGCAACGACGGCGCAUGGAGAACUUCCGUAAGGUGCGCUCGGAGGAGGCGCCGGUGGGGGGUGGGGCCGAGGGGGGCGGCCCAGGCUCCAGCCCCUUCGCGGACCUGGCGCCUGGUGCUGUGCACAUGCGGGUCAAAGAGGGCAGCAAGAUUCGGAACCUGCUGGCUUUCGCCACUGCCAGCAUGGCGCAGCCAGCCACGCGCGCCAUCGUCUUCAGCGGCUGCGGUCGGGCCACCACCAAGACCGUCACGUGCGCUGAGAUCCUCAAGCGCCGCCUGGCGGGCCUGCAUCAGGUCACGCGGCUGCGCUACCGGAGCGUGCGCGAGGUGUGGCAGAGCCUCCCGCCUGGGCCCACACCCGGUCAGAAGCCUGGCGAGCCGGCCGCCAGUCUCAGUGUACUUAAGAAUGUGCCCAGCCUCGCCAUCCUACUUUCCAAGGAUGCACUGGAUCCGUGCCAACCCGGCUACCAGCCCCCGAGCUCCCAUCCUGGACCCUCGUCCCAGACAGCUGCACCAGCGUCCAAGAGGAGCCUAGGGGAACCUGCGGCUGGAGAAGGCUCUUCGAAGCGGUUACAGCCUGAGCCAAGCGCUGCGGAAGAGGACCAGACAGCCUGAGAGCUCGUGCGUCUGGGCCACGUAGACACGCUGGAUCUCACCCCCAGGGCCUCGACCUUGAGACGCAUCUCCAGCCUUUCACGCCUCGGUGCUCUGGACAUAGCUCCUCAGACGGUCAGCAUAGACCCCAAGGCAACGAGAGGGACCCCAGGGAAGCUUCGUUCCACCACUUGUGUUGUCUGAAGAUGCAGAACUCCACCUUCAGCUUUUCUGAGCCAUGCUGGAACCUUCUUCAGGGAGGGAGUGGUGGACCAUGGGACUCCUGAGCCUUGCUCAGGACCCCCAAGGGUUAAAGGCAUGCAGUAGUCAUGAGUCCCCCCCACCCCCGGGUGUAACCUUAGGAGAGCUCUUGGAAUCACCUCCACCAUUGACUGGUUGAGGGCAAGGGGUGAGAAAAGGACUGCUUGAAGGCAAGGGAGUCUGAGUUGAUGGGGGUCUGUUCUGCCCCUCACCUGGGGAGACUGCUACCUUCCUAGUUUUCCUUACCCUGCUAUCAAGGAGCAUCUUGAGACGAGGUGCAGGGCCACCUCUAUGGGCUCUAGCUUUUUUAACAACCCUCUUUCCCACUGGCCCAGAAGGAGAGACCCAGGACAAAACUCUUCGCCUUCUCCCCUGAGUCUCAGAGCUGGAGUCGUGCUUCUAAUAAAAUAAACACAAAAAUGGCUCUGGCCCUAGGUUUCUUCUUUAGCACUUAACCUAUAUGGAAACUGCUUUGGCCUGCCCUGCUAUGUCUCAGUCCCCUCCAGCCUGGAGACUUUGGCUUUUGGAGUCUUCACAGUCAGACACAGAGACUGGACAGCUUCAAACUGGUACGAGAAGCACAUUGCCCGCUCCCUGGCUUCUCCCUCUCCCAGCCUUCCCUGUCUGGCGCUAGUCUCAGGGGCUCGGGGCCAGAAGGGGGGGCCUUUGUCCCAUGGUGCAUUACCACUGAGGGAAAGGGAGGAGCGCCUUGCCUUUCUGCGAAGGAAGAAGGGAAGGCAAGCACCAGUGAACUCUCGGGGGGGGGGGGGUCACUGCCAAGGGAGGCACACCCCACUGGGCUCCCUAAACCUGCAGCCUCCUGCCAAUUGACAGCCGUAUCCAGAAAGCUGGCACAAAACCUCUCAUCACCAUCCGUAGGAUCUCCCCUUCACUGCUCUCUCUCUCAGAAAGGACAGCACACCCUUGGGAGAGGGGGAGGAGAGAGACCGAGCACAAAUCCACUGCUGGAAAUUACUAUUCAGCAGAGAAGCUGGAACUUGGGCUGUGAAUCACUGCAGGCUCUCCCUGAUAAGCUGCUGCCUCCAGCCCUGCACAGCUGUCUGUUAAGAGAUAACAGCCUCAAAAGCCUCUCCGUCCAAGUCGAAGUCAGCUGGGGUGGGGGUGGGGGAGGAGUGUUAUAUGCUGGAAGGACUCUAGUUGGUAAGGGUGGGGGGUGGCAUCUAACCCCAGGAUGUCAGAAACACACCCUACCACAUGCAACUCAACGGCACCUCUGGAAAGGAGAUGGGGGAGUGACUUUGCUGGCAGAACUCUGAAAUAAAUCAGCGACAAGAGGUGAGUUUCGGCCGCUGACAGGAGGGGCUCUUUAGGGAAUUCUCCCCUUGAGCUUUGGAUUAGUGAGCCCUGUCAUCCAGAGUCCAGCACCGUUUGCUUUUCCUAAUUUCUUGUUCUUGAAUCCCUGCAAAGGGCCAGGGGGGUUAUGUGCGCUUGUUCGACUCUCAUGGGUGGUCCAAGAAGGUUGGAAAAAAUGCACUAUCCUGACAGCUAAGGUGCCCUGGGCUGGUCCUGGGCAUGUGCAUCUGAAGAAAAUGAUAAAAUUCUUG